AGUCAUUCGUUAAUUUUCUGUUUGUCUGAACACAUUUGCGUCUAUAUAUAAAGAACGUGCUAUCUUUCUAUUUCUCUUCCUCUCUCAUAUUUUCUGUUACAACCAAUUACUUGUCUACCUUCUCACUCCAAGCACCACAUUUGAGAUGGAAACCUUCCUCUUCACGUCAGAAUCUGUAAAUGAAGGUCACCCUGACAAGCUGUGUGAUCAGGUUUCAGAUGCCAUCCUUGAUGCAUGUUUGGAGCAAGACCCGGAAAGUAAGGUUGCUUGUGAGACAUGUACAAAGACUAACAUGGUUAUGGUCUUUGGUGAGAUCACAACCCAGGCUAAUGUGAACUAUGAGAAAAUAGUUCGAGACACUUGCAGAGGAAUUGGAUUCGUAUCAGCUGAUGUCGGUCUGGACGCUGACAACUGCAAAGUUCUUGUCAACAUUGAGCAACAGAGUCCUGAUAUCGCUCAAGGAGUUCAUGGUCACUUGACCAAAAAGCCAGAGGAUAUUGGUGCUGGUGACCAAGGCCACAUGUUUGGCUAUGCCACUGACGAAACACCUGAGCUAAUGCCACUCACUCAUGUGCUUGCUACAAAGGUUGGUGCAAAGCUCACUGAAGUUAGAAAGAACAAAACAUGCCCGUGGCUUAGGCCUGAUGGUAAAACCCAAGUGACUGUUGAGUACCAGAAUGAUAAUGGAGCCAUGGUCCCAAUCCGUGUGCAUACUGUCCUCAUUUCAACUCAGCACGACGAAACUGUCACCAAUGAGCAAAUUGCUGCAGAUUUAAAAGAGCAUGUGAUAAAACCUGUUAUCCCAGCUAAAUACCUUGAUGACAAGACUAUCUUCCAUCUCAAUCCCUCUGGUCGGUUUGUGAUCGGUGGACCUCAUGGAGAUGCAGGACUCACUGGUAGGAAGAUCAUUAUUGACACCUAUGGUGGUUGGGGUGCUCAUGGUGGAGGUGCCUUCUCUGGCAAGGACCCAACCAAGGUCGACAGAAGUGGUGCAUAUAUUGUUAGGCAAGCAGCCAAAAGUGUCGUAGCUUCGGGGCUUGCAAGACGCUGUAUUGUGCAGGUUUCUUAUGCAAUUGGAGUCCCAGAGCCACUUUCUGUAUUUGUUGACUCAUACAAAACAGGAAAGAUUCCAGACAAGGACAUCUUGGUUCUCAUUAAGGAGAAUUUCGACUUCAGGCCAGGAAUGAUUUCCAACAAUCUUGAUCUCAAAAGAGGUGGCAACUUCAGGUACCAAAAGACUGCUGCUUACGGCCAUUUUGGACGUGAUGAUCCUGAUUUCACUUGGGAGACUGUCAAGAUACUCAAGCCCAAGGCUUGAGGUAACAAGCAACCCUGGCGUUGAUAUUGGUGGUUAUCAUCGUAGCCAUCUUUCAGAUUUCGGGUGAGACGAAAAUAAAGGAGCUUCAAUGCCUACAUACAUCUCUUAUUGAAGAUAUGUUUCAGGGAUUAGAUGAGUAAAGGAAUCAGAGAUGAUGAUAUUUUCUUAGUUGGUCUUGUUUUCAGUUUUACCAAUUCAUUUAAAUUUCGUUAGUUACAUUUUGGAUUGUAUUUUCCUUCUCUCUCUAUUGAUUGUUUUGCGACCAAUCCAGUGUUAUUGGUGUAAACUCAGGAUCGUGAAUGUAUUGAUUUGAUAUAUCUUUUCAUUGAAGUCAA